UUCUCCGCCCCAGGUUUUGCGUACUGCUUCCCGCUGCUGGAGAGUGUACUGAGGCGCGGCGGCGCGGCGGUGGGAGGCGAUGAGAACGUCCUCUGCCAGGCCCUGAAGGUCAUCUCCACCCACGCAAACCUACGCAACCCGGACGCUGAUACCGACGACGAUGAUGACGAAGCUAGCGUGCAUGGCCCGGACCUGUUGCCGCGCCGACAGAUGCUGCAGCUGCUGACGCACGUGGUUGGUACGAGCGCCGGCCGCCUCCACCAGAUGGCGUGCAAGGCCAUGCUCGAGACGGCCGUGUGUGCGAGCGGCAUCGACGGCUGCGCCAGCGCCACCCAGGGGGAGAUCGACGUACUACUGCUUGGCCUGCAGUCUCCGGCUCUUACCGUCCGGGAAACGGCUCUUCAGUGUCUGAUGGCGAUGAUGCUGGUGCUGCCGCUGCCGGACGAGGAGAUGGACGAGGAGCAGGGCAUGCAACUCGUGCAGAGAGUCUGGGUCGUCAGGCACGAUGAGGAGGAAGCCAUCCAGAUCCUCGCUCUCAG